AAUCAAUCUACAGUAGCCGAGUGUUCACAAGAGACAGUCAACGAACCAGAUCUCACUGGGGAAAAAAAUGCGAGUCUUGUUACGAGCAUGGCUUCGGGUCUUGAAGGUCUGAUUCUUUACCGACCACCUUAGGAGGUGCAAAGUCGACGACUGAGCGUUGGCGACGCUCCGAUAGCGAGUAGAAGAGGGCGCCUGAUUGACCGCCGCAACGACGAACCGUCCAUUCUAACAGCUCAGGCCGACCAAGACCACGCGCCUCGGUAUCCGACCAAAUCCUCCCAUUGCAGGUCGUGACCGGGAAUAGGCACUUUGAAUCCAGUACAAGAUGAGUUCCCAGACUGCAUCGAGCUCGGGAGGCUCACGGCGCAACGUUGUAUUUGCGGACCCUGUGGCUUUUGGCUACCUGUCCGAAGAACCAGGAGUUACAGUACUUGAGCGGAGGGCGGUACUGCCUGGUUACGAACUAUACCUCGUCGAGCAGUGGGCUUGCUCACGCCGGUCACCAACCCUGGUCAUUGUCACUUACACGGGUGACCCCAAACAUUCUGUCAACGUCGGCGUCCUUUCUAUCCCUGCAGUCGAGUCCGAUCGUUCGCCAGCGCUUCGGCAUUAUUUUAAUGCAAUCCAACAAUAUCAUGCGAGGCCAAGGGAGACACCUCUGGGGGAGCUCAUGGUUACCAACCUUAGCAGCUUCCCUUCGGCCCUGACUGUCAUUUCCGUGCCUGAGGGUGACCUGCGAAAGCAUCGAGAGAUUUUCAUCGUCAAUGAGAACCUGAAGCGCCUUGGCUGCUCUGGACGCUCAGGUCUCACACUCUCAGAACCAUCGCCGGCGACGCAGGCCAAAUUUCUGCAGUUGUAUAAAACAUGCGAUCGAAUACCAUUAUAUCAAGCCGUUAUAGAACUCGUCAAAGUCUGCCAGGCUGCCCUCUUUCUAUUCGGCAAGCUCGAGCAGGAGUUCAUCGACGGCUUGCUCUGCGACAUGACCGAGACAGCGAUAAGUAACUGGUGGAUCGAAAUUGGGUCCGAGUACUUUAAUAUUGAGCCUUCCGACGGAAUAUUAGGGCCUACAACUGUUGCAGCCAUCUUGGGUACCCUGAUGGGAGCUCGUAAUCGCCUACACUGGUGGGGAGCCGCGGUUGGCAAGGAUGUAUUCGACAUAGACAGCACCAAACGGGGUAUCAAUCAGUUCCAAAAGGCUAUGAAACUGGAACGAACUCGCAGGCUGGACCGCCCAACUUUGCUGAAGCUCCACAGCGUCACUGCAAAAGCUGCCGCAGGUGAAGGCGGUUGGGGAGUCCAGAGGGCAGUCAAGUCUACCGUGGCAGAGAUAGGGGGCAAGCGCGGUGAGAUUGUGAUGGGAUUCGUAUCUGGCGGCCGUGACAAGGGGAAUAUUGCCGACAUUGAAACGCUCGACAUUGACAAGUUCAUCAGUCUUGCCUACGGUGAACGUUCAAAGUGGUUGUGGCACGGAAAGGCCAAGAGAUCCACCUCUGAUUACCAACAUCAUCCUCUUUCGGACGCCGUCGGCGGUUCAGCGUUUGGGAACAGUAAGGAGAACCUGUCGCUCCCAUCAACUUCGUCCGCUCAGCUGCAACAGCUACCUCAACAAGACCAGCAGCGAGUGGAGGCAAGGCGAACGCAGACUCUACCACCUGGGGACGAGCUAGUGCUCAGGUCCAGGGAUGAGUCUGCGACUGGUGAUACAACACAUUCAGCUCCGCCAGGGUCGGCGGAUAGCCCACCGGGGGACAGGGACGCACUGAGGAAGACAGUAUUCAAGAGAGUGGGCGGCAAAGUGAACGAUGCAAGAUCAGGAAUCGGCCGGACUAUUCGCGAUGCAAUCGGUGGCGGACAUCGCAGUGGCCAUCAAUCCAAACCAUCAAAGGAUGGAAAUGCAUUGCCAGAUGGCGGCAUAACCAGCCCCAGCAUCGCAAGUCUGGCACACAGCGCCACUACCAUGGGAAGCCCAGUGCUGGUGGGUAGAGCUUUCACGUGGAAGAACAAGCCAGAAGAAUACAGAGACGCCAUGCGAAUUCCUAGAGAGGCGCAAGGUGCUGCGAGCGGGUCGGUCGAAGGACGCGCCAGUAUCCCUGAGGAAGGGCCCGAAACGGCUGUACCAGGGGCACAGUCAGACACGGAUGGUCAUAUGGGCGGACAUCAAAUCGUCGAAUCCUCCGUUGCUGAUUCAGUGGCCGACGAGAGCGACACUCAUAGCCACGAUCGUGCUCUUGCAGGAUUUAGGAAAGAUGACACACCACCGUCAUGGCUCCAGCGUCGCCACAGUUUACAUCUUCCGCUAGAAGAUCGACCCCUCAACGACGCUCGGUGGCCGCGACGAAUGUCUUUCAGCGUGGCUGCGGAUUCAGUCUUGUGGUGGGAUCGCAUCGCUGACUUGGUUGUCGAGGCGGAAACUGUUGGCAACUCUCAUGGAUCCGACGGGGCUGUAGAUAAUGUAGGCGAAGAGCAAAAAAUACCCACACUGGCGGCGGCGCCAGGGAACGCCGAGCUCGCCCGAGCUAUAUACACCCGCAUAGCCGAAAUGAAGCAAACACUGAUGCCCUGGGCAGAGGAUAAAGUCAGGGAGGUUGCUCUAGUGGAUGGGGAGCUUGGAAGACAACAGGACGAGGUGGCGUCUCUGUUGGACCAGUUCCGUGAGGCAUACGAGGCGAUGCGGCGGCAGUCGGUCGAACUGCUCUCGGACGAGCGGGGACAGCUGACGGAAGCUGUUCGGGAUGUAGAAGGUCUCGCGCAAAGGCUUGACUACGAGAUCAAUGCGUUGGCCUCCAAGAUUGCCGACGUCGAGGAUGGGCUGCGUGAGUUUGAGAUCCAGGUGGAGAUGGUCGAGGCGAAAGCCGAAGAGCUCAAGACGCAACUCGAGACGGAAACUUGGGUGCAUUGGGCCAUGAGGAAAUUGACGGGCAUCGGCACCGGGCCGAACAUCCUCGGCGGUCAGGUGGCUGUCGGUGGCCUGGACAAGAGCUCCGUCCCCGGCUAGGACAGAGAGUUUGCGACUGUUUCUGGUAUCCGAAUGUUACAGGCUUCGGUUUUCACUAGCGACGCGGUACAUGGAUGGUUUUAAUCCCUUGGUGCGGCGGGCAACGGCAUAACGCGCGGUCAGAUAGGCAUAGGGCGAGCGUUCGGUGACAACGACCAAGAUAUUCAAUUGCAAGGAACAGCAUGAUGACAAGAAGUGGAUUGAGUCCGUUUACGGAAUAAUAAUGCCCAUUCCAGGGCACAAUCAUAAACAGAACAGCCAGGCUAUCCUCCAAGUUUUGGGCUAUAUGUUUUCGGCAUUUGGGGGGGGUAUAUUAGAUUAAUGUAAGGCUAUUUAUAUAAUAUCAGAAUCAAGCAAAACAGUCCAAUAUCAAGGAGGAUAAUCGCUAAAGCCGGCUGACUUGCCACUCCUGUCUAGCAGGUGCACGAAUCGAUCCUUGUGGUUGAGCACAAACGGAGGCAGGUCUGUGUUGUCCUUGAUCCUGUCGUAGAUCUGGCCCGGCCGGGACCACAGAUCCAGGCCCUCGCGCACGCGAUCGGCUAUGCGAUUCCUGUCGCGGAAGAAGUCCUGAUUCAGCGAGACGUGGGAGAAGGAGGCCAUCUUGGUCAGGACCUCUCCCAUGGUGGCGUAGCAGCUGGAGCAGUGCCAGCCGGCGUUCCACAGGUCGUCCUUGUCAAAGUAGAUGAGCGGGGCCGGGCCGCCGUCGCCGUUGCGCAGGUUGGUGGGCUUGAUGGUGGCGUCGACGGAUCCGGCGUACGUGGUGGCCUGCGGGUGGGCCCACUCGGGCCCGCGGUGCAGAAACUCAAAGCUGUAGUAGUAGAACCUGCUGCGGAGGGUCAGGCGGCGCGGGAAGGCGCAGGCGCGCAGCAGGCGAAGCGUCUCGGGCCGCACCACCUCGUCGACGUCGGCCACGAUGAUGACGUCGCCCUGCUGCGGCCGGCUCUCGCCGCCCUCGAGGCCCGGGAACACCUGCGUCAGCAUGGCGUCGCGCUGGAGGUCCUCGCGGUCCCAGGGGCGGGGUGGGUCGUAGCCCGGCGGGUACUGCAGUUCGUGGUAGAUGAGCUUGUCGUGGUACGGGGCGAAGCGCUCCCAGUUCUCCUUGAUGAUGAGGGGCUUGGGCAGGCCCGUGAAGGUCAGCGGGGCCUCGACGACGAUGAAGUGGUCGACUUCGUGGUAGGAUGUGUUCAGGCGGAUCUCGAGCCACUCGAGCUCCGUGUUGAUCAUGAAGAGGUCGUAAACCUUCCUCGGCCUGCCCGAUGCCGGGGUUUGGUAGGGCCGCCAGCCGUGCAGGCGGCACAGGGCGGCGUCGGGCAGGCCGGGGUUCUGGUGGAACAUGUCGACCGAGACCCGGUGGGUGGUAGAGGGUGGCGACGACGACAUGGUGUCGUUGAUCACGUCUGCUUGCUUUCUGUGCCAUAGGAAGACCAGGAGGGUGGCGAUGGGUGCUAGGACCAAGACGCGGAGUUUCCUAAUUGGUGCCAUUUUUAUUUUUAUUUUUUCUGCACAGCAGACUUGGCGAGAGACGGAUGGAUGAUGCAGGCCAAUGGGAUAUGUAUGUGGGUUGGCGUGUUCCUCCCUCAAUCAAUCGAUAGACUGACUGGUCAAGUAGACCUGCAAAUCCCGUCCGAGUGUUGCUGUCACUGGGCAAACCAGUAAAAGUUUUGGAGAUGGUGUAAAAUUAUGAUGCCAUCUGACUUGUUAUUUUACAUUGCAAAGAAUUGAGUAAG